AAUUAAUCACCGGAAUCCGUCUGGCAGAAGUGGAGUUUUAGCAGUGAUGCGGAAGGCGGGGCCCAACACCUAACUCCGGGAGUCUCAGGGUGCCCCGCGCAGAGAGGAGCUCAGAGCAGCUGGGGAGGAGCCAGAGCAUCCGUGCUCAGCUAAAGCCGCAGGGAAUUGCCCGCAACCCAGAGAUGAAGCAGUAGAAACCCAGAAAGGAGAAUUCACCAUUCAAGAUCAUCCUGAGGAUAACGAAAACAGAAGACCAGAGCUGGAUACCUCCGGCAAGGGUAGACUUGCCACAGGUUGAAGAAGCUUGCAAGCAUGGAUUUCAAGCGUGUGAAAGAAUAUUUCUCUUGGCUCUACUAUCAAUACCAAAUCAUUACAUGCUGCGCUGUCAUGGAGCCCUGGGAGCAAUCCAUGUUCAACACUGUCUUACUGACCAUCCUUGCUAUGGUAGUGUACACUGCCUAUGUCUUUGUCCCUAUCCACAUUCGCCUGGCUUGGGAAUUUUUCUCAAAACUAUGUGGAUAUCACAGUACAAUUUCCAGUUGAUCUGAUUUGCACUCUUUGAAAUGGCAUUGCACAUUUGUGUUGCUUGCAACUCAUUGAUUUAGGUGACUACUAGGUCAGCUUUCACUCUGGCCAGAAAAGCAUUCUUCUCUAUGCACUCUCACGUACAUACUGCCUGGAGUUUCAGACAGAUGUUUCUCUAGUUACUUUUGUAAAUGCUGCAUAGAAAAGGCAAUGACUUGAUCUCAUAUACCACGUUCACUCAAUCAGAAUCUAUCACUUUACUUUUUUUUAAUAAGGCUGGCUUUUUACCAAUUUUUCCUGGAAAAUAAAGUGAUAAGAGACCCUACCAGAAUUGUAUUAAAAUGCUCCCUUAAUAUAUCCUCUAUACAGAAGGAUAUACUACAAAAAAAUCCUUUGUAGGCUACUGUCAAAAGUAUCAUACCUUUGUUUACAACAUAGAAAAAGAUGUGAAUAAAUUAUGUUGACCCAUUAAAGUUUUAUUUUCUAGUAAAUGGAUAAUACCUAAAAUUCUCUUAUUUCUUUUAAUUAAAUUUACUUAAAAUUCUCCAACCUGAAUGCAAAAGAGCAGGCUGGGGGAAAUUAUUUUCUUUCCAACAUGGGUCAUAAGUUGUUUUAAAUUUUGAAAUCAACAAUGGUAAUUUUAGAUAAACAAGUGUUAUAAUGCAUACUAAGAAACUAAAUAUAAUCAAAGUAAAUUCAGAUAUUGUGACUUUUGAUGUUGCUUUGCCUUUGCGUGAUGCCUGGGGGGAGAGAGGGAAAAACUUGUUUCCUUUCUAUGAUUUCACUCACUGGAGGAAAAAAAGCAUGUACUGAGUACAGGAAGAAAAGCUAAUAAGUAGGCUGGAAGUAAUAGUCUACGAGCAGGAACUCAGCAGCUCUAGUUAAAUGCUUUGAUACAGUGGCUCCUUUGCAGAGCAGAAACAAAAUUUAUUGCAUUUCUUUCAAAAUGUUUAUCUUAAAAGCAAAUACAAAUUUUAAUUAUACUGCUGUAUCAAAUGUGAAUGCCAAAGACCAAGUCUUGUAGCUUUUAUUUCCUCUUAAUAAAUAUUAAUGUUAGUAAUUCUGGAAGGUAGUAAUAUAAGUUGGGUUUGGACAAUAUUUAUGCCUUUGUUUUUUUAGGGAAAAAAAUCCAAGGAGAACUAGAAUGAAAAAUGUUUGGCAUGUCAAAUUAACUUGCCUGUUUGUAAAAUAGCAAACAAACAACAUGUUUUGAAGAGAAAUCAAAUCUGAAUAUGUUUUUGAUGACUUUUGCAAAAUAAAAUUAAGUUUUAUGAAUAAAA